UUUCCGUGAGUGUGAUUGACAGUGAGUGACUGGAAGGCUCUGCGCUGCCUGGCGGCGUGAAGAUGGCGAAUGUAUCGUUGGAGUUUCGUGCCAGUGCCGGAGACUCGGAGCCCCAAAACCGCUUCGUCCUAAUCUUGGGCCAGCUGCCGAAUCUGCAGCGGGUCACCUGGGCGCAGGUGAAGGGAAAGCUACAGCCUGCAGUCUCUCAAGAGACAUGGCAGUCUGCGCUCAGCGCGUUGAACCCAAACCCUACGGAUAACUGCUCCCUGUACCUGAACUACGCGACCGUGGCAGCCAUGCCCUCGCGGGUGAGCCGGCACAACAGCCCGUCGGCGGCACAGUUCCUCACGAGGCUCAUCCGCAACUGCCUUCCCGGGGGAGCCAGCCGCUGCAUCGUGAUGGUUUGCGAGCGCUCGGAGGUGUUUGCCUCGGCCUGUGCCAUCGCCAGGGCCUUCCCCCUCUUCACCCGCCGCUCCAGCGCCACCAAGAAAACGGACAAGCGCGUCGUCGCGGUGGAGUUUAUCAUCGUGGGGCAGGAUGGCGGGCCCGUGGACGCUUCCACGCUGGAGUGUCUGGCAAGUGCUGCUGAUGGCGUGAGACUGGCUGCACGUAUCGUAGACACGCCCUGCAAUGAGAUGAAUACAGAUCACUUCCUGGAGGAAAUCAAGGCGGUCGGGAGCGAGCUGGGAAUCGUGCCCACUGUAAUCCGUGGAGAAGAGCUGAAAAAGAAAGGGUUUGGAGGGAUCUAUGGCGUUGGCAAAGCUGCCGAACAUCCCCCUGCCCUUGCAGUUCUCAGCCACACACCAGAGGGCGCCACACAGACGAUCGCCUGGGUCGGGAAAGGGAUCGUCUAUGACACUGGCGGACUGAGCAUUAAAGGGAAGACAUCCAUGCCUGGGAUGAAGCGAGACUGUGGAGGGGCUGCUGCUGUUCUUGGGGCAUUCAAAGCUGCCAUAAAGCAAGGCUUCAAAGACAAUCUCCAUGCUGUGUUCUGCUUGGCAGAGAAUGCCGUGGGCCCUAAUGCAACACGUCCUGAUGAUAUCCACCGUCUCUACUCAGGAAAGACUGUGGAGAUUAACAACACAGAUGCUGAGGGGCGUCUGGUGCUGUCUGAUGGGGUCGCCUAUUCCAGCAAGGACCUCUGUGCUGAUAUCAUCCUGGACAUAGCUACACUCACAGGAGCUCAGGGUAUCUCCACUGGAAAGUACCACGCAGCCGUGAUGACUAACAGUGAGGAGUGGGAAGCAGCCUGUGUCAAAGCCGGCCGCAGCAGUGGAGACCUGGCUCACCCGCUGGUCUACUGUCCUGAACUGCACUUCAGCGAGUUCACCUCCGCUGUCGCGGACAUGAAGAACUCUGUGGCUGACCGGGAGAAUGCUCAGAGCUCCUGUGCCGGCCUGUUCAUUGCCUCCCACAUUGGUUUUGAUUGGCCUGGCGUGUGGGUGCAUGUUGACAUCGCAUCCCCAGUGCACACUGGGGAGCGAGCCACAGGCUUCGGGGUGGCAUUUCUCUUGGCUCUGUUUGGCCGUGCAUCGGAGGACCCCAUGCUGAACCUGGUGUCUCCACUGGGACACGAAGCAGACGCUCAGUGUGAGACGAUGGAGCGCGAUUCCAAGCGCAGGAGACUGGUCUAGCCGCUCUUCACACGUCUGUGAUCAUCUUCUCUGUAUUGAAAUGCACUGAUCAGACCUUCAUCCUACAUUUAUACAACUAGAUCAAAAAUAAAAAGCAGUUUUUCAUGUGA